ACGAACAACUGCGACCGGCCCGCACGUGUAGUGAGACUUCACUUUCAUUUAUUAAUUAAGAUUUAGCUGUUCGAAGCGCUCCAGUUUGCAUUUAAUUACAUAAAAAUGGCUGCCGCUAUUAAGAAGAUCAUCCCCAUGCUUGACCGCAUUUUGGUGCAACGCGCUGAAGCCCUUACCAAAACGAAAGGUGGCAUUGUCUUGCCAGAAAAAUCGGUGGGCAAAGUGCUGGAAGGCACUGUUGUGGCGGUGGGCCCCGGAACACGCAAUGCUACAACUGGCAGUCAUAUUCCAAUUGGUGUGAAGGAGGGCGAUCGCGUUCUGCUGCCUGAAUUUGGCGGUACCAAGGUCCAAUUGGAUAGUGAUGAAAAGAAAGAGCUGUUCCUUUUCCGCGAGUCGGAUAUCUUGGCCAAGUUAGAAUAAAUGGCUACCAAUAAUUCUAUGAAUUCUGUUUUCUAUUAGUGCGUAACCCUCUACAAUAAAAGUUUAGUGCAAUGUUUUUGAUUGCAUUACCCAAAAAUAAAA